AUGGCGGUCGUGGGCACAUGGCAGCAGGAUCACCCCGACGACAAGAUCAUAGUGUUUGUGCAAUUCAUCAUGACAGCCAAGGUUCUUGGACGCAUGCUAGAGCUGGCUAAUGGCAGUUUCCUCUACUACGUGGGCACAAUGACGCAGACGCAGAAGAUCACCGCGUUGGAUGACUUCAAGCAGGACCCGUCCAAGAAGAUUCUCGUAAGCCAUAGCGCCCCUUUCAUCAGCCUUAUGGCCAUUCCUAACAUUUUUGUGCUCCAGAUUGCUACGAUGCAGAGCGGCGGACAAUCGCUGAACUUGACCGCAGCGAACCGCGUGAUCAUCGUCGACCCAUGGUGGAACACGGUGCAGGAGAAGCAGGCGUUCUGCCGCGUGCUCCGAAUCGGCCAGAACAAGGCCACCCACCUUGUGCGGAUCAUGGCACGUGCCGCCAUUGAUGAGCGGAUUGCCUCGGUGCAGAAUUCCAAAGACAAGGAAAUCGACCAUGCUCUGCAGGAUGACGACCACAUCCCUGCAGGGAUUAGCGAAAAGGCCUUGGAGGAGCUGUUUUAUCCAAAGGAAACGAGCAAGGACGAUUGCGUGACUACUGGGGCGAGGAAGAAACGUCGGGUUCAGCACUGA